GUCAGGCAUCAGCAACUUCUGAUUUCCCGAUAUUUACCCGACCUUGUAUCCGAAUUCGAUUUGACCACACUUUAAAAUGAGUUUAAAGUUAUAUAAAAACCAAUAUGGGCACAAAAUUCAAUUUUUGACCGAUUCGAAACAACCGACUCAAAAUCGAUAUGAUCCCACAUCUACUUAUAAAAAUAGGUGGCAAUUCCUGGACUUGUGAAAAUUUGCAAUAAAGUGCUAUUUCCAAAAAAAAUUGUCAAAUCAAGUUAGGAAAAAUUUUAAUUUCUAUAAUAAGCAUAUUCUGCUCUGAUUUGAGGUUAGAUUGAAAGAUUGAAUUAAAAAAUACCCAAAAAAUGAAUCUCUUUAAUAAUAGCAGCCUUUUACUUUUCAAUCAAACAAAAUCUGACUGACUCUAACAUGUUCAGGUUAGGACUUUUUUUUUAUUUCUUUUUUUAUGUUCAAGUUAGGACUUAGGAAUAUAUGGAAUUGGCAGAUUACCCGUUUACAACUUGAAAAUUUGAAUAAAAUAAAUUUUUCUUAGAAAAAAAUUUUCAAAAUAAGCUUUGAAAAAUUUUAAUUUUUGAAAUAAGCAUUUUUGUGUCCGAGUUUAAGGUCAUGUGUUUAAUAUUGCUAACAGCGAAUAAAAAAGGAGACAAUGUUAUAGUGUUAGAAGAGACAAAAAUAAAAAAUGUUUGCUUGCUGUUAAACAUUAUUUCAUUUUUUCCCCUUCCAACACAAUGACGUAGUUUCUCUUUUGUUUACUAUUUGUAAUAACUAACAAAAGGAUUUUGUCUUUUUUUUGACCAAUUUCUUUGUUCACUGUUAAUAACAGUGAAGAUGACUAAUCUUAAAGCGGAUAUAUAUUUUGAAAUUUGUUUUUAAUAAUAAGUUUAUUUUUUCGAUCUUAAAGCCCAAGACCUAGAAAACCCGACUAACAAGCCCAGGACCUAGAAAACCCGACUAACAGGCCCAGGACCCAACUCAGAAAGGCUAAUUGGCGCCAAAAAUUGGUCAUUUUUUACCGCCAUAAAUCUACAAUGUAAAUGAAAACUUGAAAGAGUCUACAAAAGCAUUACGAGCAACCUUCCGAACUCCACAUUCCCUCAAAAACUUAAGAGAAGUACAAUUCAUAUUGAACCCACAAAUCCCAUUAUCCCAAUAUACGAAAGCCUAAGAUAAUUAGCCAAUGAAGAAGAAAACAAGGAAAAACUCUGAAGAAGAACAACAAUAUUGGUUACUGAAAACAGAACCAGGGGAAUGGUCAUGGGAAGAUCAAAAAGCAAAUGGAGGAAAAUCCAAUUGGGACGGCGUAAAUAAUAAACAAGCCCAGAAAUAUCUCAAGUCCAUGAAAAUUGGAGACCUCUGUUUCUUCUAUCAUUCAGGUACAAAAUUCCGCCGUGUUGUCGGCGUUGUUACCGUCGUCAAGGAAUGUUAUAACGAUGAAAAUGGCAUUGCGGUGGAUGUUGAGGCAGUGGCGGAGAUGAGGAAGCAAGUUGACUUGGCGGAGAUGAAGACAGAUCAGCGGUUGAAUGAGUCCGGUUUUAUACUGUUCCGGCAGCCUCGAUUGUCAGUGGUGCCGGUGUCUAAGGUGCAGUGGGAUUUGGUCUGUGAAUUGGGUGGUGGGUAUGAUGGAGAUGAUGGUAGGGUUAGAGAAGAGUAGAAGACCAUGUUUGAAGAAUUGAUUUUGGGUCUAAUCAUUGCUGAUAUGAAGGGAGAACGUGAGAUGUUUUGUUUGAUGAAUAGAUUUGGUGCUAUUCGUAAGUUUUUUGGAUCUCAAAUUCUCGUUCAACUUGAUCACUAUGUGAGACUAUUUGAGCUAAAUAAUCUAAUGGAAUUAAUUAUAAUUUUGACUUUCCUAUUAAUACUUAUUUUUAAGUUGUU